AUGAAUUGGAUCAGGUGUGUUAUAGUAUGGAAAGAAUCAUUAUGGCUUGCUUUGGAAGAAGCUGGAAAAUUAGAACGUGAAGCUGCAAUUAAGGAAGGACAUGUAGAUUCACAUGGCAUUCCAUAUAUAACUGUUUAUUUAGAUGGAGGAUGGUCUAAACGAAGCUAUGGACAUACGUAUAAUGCAAAUUCUGGAGCUGCUGUUAUAAUAGGGAAAACAACAGGAAAAGUAUUAUUCGUAGGUGUAAGGAAUAAAUACUGUUGUAUUUGCGCUAGAGCCGAAAACAAUAAUGAAGCUGCUAAAACACAUAUUUGUUUUAAAAAUUGGUCCGGUUCAUCAUCUUCAAUGGAACAGGAUAUAAUAGUAGAGGGAUUUAAUAACAGCAUAGAAAUGCAUGGGGUUAAAUACUUAAAAUUUAUUGCAGAUGGUGAUUCCUCAGUUUAUAAAAAUAUUAAAGGAAAGGUACCAUAUGGACACGAGGUUGUUAAAAUUGAAUGCAUGAACCAUGUAUUAAAAAAUUUCAGUAAAAACCUUUACAAAAUUAAAAAAGAUACUCAAGGGGUCCCUGUUGAUGCCAGAAAGAUGUUAAAAAGCGAUACUAUUAAUGAACUAAAUAAAUCAGUUCAAUCUGCAAUUUACGCAAAUACGCAGGAUCCAGAAAAUCUAAGAGCCGAUAUUAGAAAUUCAAUAUAUCACGUUUAUGGUAAUCACAGUGCUUGCAAACAGUAUUUGUGCACCAAUACUGGAGAUGUUUCUAAUGAUCGAACAACUCAACUUAUAUCUUCUGGCCUGCAUCACCAUCUUUUUGGUGCUAUUGAGCAAUUAUUAAUGAAGGCUGAUUUACUUCUUGAUAAAGAAACCAACAAUAGAGCAGAAAUUUUUAUGAAUAUAAUGGCUCGUUUCAAUAUGGGAAAAAGAUUGAACUUGAUUCAAAGAAAUUCAUUUCAAAUACGAGCUCAUUUAAGCGUCCUCUCUUACAAUUAUGGUUCAGAUUGGCAUACAAAACCUUGGAAAUCAUAUUUUAAUGAAAGUCCAGGUAAAAAUCUAAAAAAAUUUAUAAGUGCUCAGGGUAAUGAAAAAAGCGGAAGCGCAAAAAUCCUUAUGAUAGGGAAUCUGUAAAAAAAAGGAUCAAAUUUUCAGGAGAUUCUAACUAUGGUCCUAACAUAGCGGAAACAUAUGUUUCAGAUAGUGAUAUCAACUCAGCAGUACAAAAUUUGUGCGAACGUUUGAAGAUUACUAAAGAAGAACAGUUUAAAAUAAACGAAAAAACAAUUGGCCAAUUUAACAAUCCAAAUUAUUUAACGGAAAGAAUGCACCGGCUUACUGCUUCCAAUUUUGGAGAUGUUAUAAAAUUAAAAGAAUCGACAUCUUGUGAUAGUAUAGUUAAAAAAAUUUUAAGAAAAAAUAAUUUUUCUACUGAAGCUACAAAGUACGGGAAAAUAAAUGAAUCGGUAGCAAUAAAAAAAUUUGAAGAAGAAUACAAUAAAAUUGUAAAGCCUGCCGGUUUAUUUGUUGACGUUCUUCAUGGAUAUUUAGGAGCUUCACCUGAUGGAAUUAUUUCUGAAGACGAAAUUGUGGAGGUCAAGUGUUCUUAUAAGACCUUCAAAUCUGGAUAUUCGUUAGAAGAGGGGAUUAUAAGAAAACAAAUACCAUAUUUGUCAAUGAAAGACAAUAAAAUAGCACUUAGGAAAAAUCACGAAUAUUACUAUCAAAUACAAGGCCAACUAAAUAUUAUAGGAGCUAAACGAUGCUAUUUUAUUGUAUAUUCAGGGCCAAAAAAUAAAAUUCACGUCGAAGUAAUUCCUAAAGAUGAAGACUUUUGGAUUAACAAAAUGCUUCCAAAAUUGGAAAGAUUCUAUUUGAAUUGUCUGGGGCCAGAGAUAAUUUUAAAUAGAAGAGGGCGAAAUUUAAAAUGUUUAGAUCCACCCUACAUCAGAGAAGCGCAAGAAAAGAAAA